UUAGGGCCGAGGGGCAAAGACCUCCCAGCAGGGGGACGAGGAGGUUGUGUGGACAAACUGCUUCUGAGAGAAGGAUGCCGCAGCUGGGCCUGUCCUGGCUGGGCCUGGGGCCCGCGGCCGCCUCCCCGUGGCUGCUGCUGCUGCUGGUCGGGGCCUCCUGGCUCCUGGCCCGCGUCCUGGCCUGGACCUACGCCUUCUAUGGCACCUGCAGCCGCCUCCGCUGUUUCCCGCAGCCCCCGACGCGGAGCUGGUUCUGGGGUCACCUGGGCCUGAUUCCCCCCACGGAGCAGGGGAUGAAGUUCCUAACUCAGCUGGUGGCCACCUACUCUCAGGCCUUUACAACCUGGUUGGGCCCCGUUAAACCCGUCAUCUUUUUGUGCCACCCUGACACUAUCCGGUCUGUCCUCAGCGCCUCAGCUGCUGUUGCACCCAAGGAUGUGGUCUUCUAUGGCUUCCUGAAGCCCUGGCUGGGGGAUGGACUCCUGCUGAGUGCCGGUGACAAGUGGAGCCGCCACCGUCGCAUGCUGACUCCUGCCUUCCAUUUCAACAUUCUGAAGCCCUAUGUGAAGAUUUUCAAAGAAAGCGUGAACAUCAUGCAUGCCAAGUGGCAAUGCCUGGCCUCAAAGGGCAGCACCCGUCUGGACAUGUUUGAGCACAUCAGCCUCAUGACCUUGGACAGUCUUCAGAAAUGUGUCUUCAGCUUCGACAGCCAUUGUCAGGAGAAGCCCAGUGAAUAUAUUGCCACCAUCCUGGAGCUUAGUUCCCUUAUUGGAAAAAGGAACCAGCAGGUCCUUGUGCACACGGACUUCCUGUACUAUCUCACUUCCCAUGGGAAGCACUUCCUCAAGGCCUGCCGUCUGGUGCAUGACUUCACAGAUGCCGUCAUCCAGGAGCGACGCCGCACCCUCCCCAAACAGGGUGUUGAUGACUUCCUCAAGGCCAAGGCCAAGACCAAGACUUUGGACUUCAUCGAUGUGCUCCUGCUGAGCAAGGAUGAAGAUGGGAAGCAGUUGUCAGAUGAGGACAUAAGAGCGGAAGCUGACACCUUCAUGUUUGAGGGCCAUGACACCACGGCCAGUGGUCUCUCCUGGAUCCUGUACCACCUUGCGAGGCACCCGGAACACCAGGAGCGCUGCCGGCAGGAGGUGCGAGAGCUGCUGAGGGACCGUGAGCCUGAUGAGAUUGAAUGGGACGACCUGGCCCAGCUGCCUUUCUUGACCAUGUGCAUUAAGGAAAGUCUGCGCCUGCAUCCCCCAGUCCCAGCGAUCUCCCGCCGCUGCACCCAGGACAUUGUGCUCCCAGAAGGCCGGGUCAUCCCCAAAGAUGUCAUCUGCGUCAUCAGUAUUUUCGGGAUCCAUCAUAAUCCAGCUGUGUGGCGGGACCCGGAGGUGUAUGACCCCUCCCGCUUUGACCCAGAAAACGUCAAGGAGCGGUCACCUCUGGCUUUCGUUCCCUUCUCUGCAGGGCCCAGGAACUGCAUCGGGCAGACCUUCGCCAUGACCGAGAUGAAGGUGGUCCUGGCGCUCACGCUGCUGCGCUUCCGCGUCCUGCCUGACAAGGUGGAGGCAGAGACGAGCAGGAAGCCGGAGCUGGUCCUUCGAGCCGAGGGUGGCCUUUGGCUGCGGGUGGAGCCGCUGACUGUGGGCCAGCAGUGACCCACCACUGCAGGAUUAAGACCCACUCUGCCCCCGCCCACCUGCCUUUGCAGACUCCCAGGAAUAAAACUGUGCUGUCACCUGUG